CGCGAUUCCCAUCGCCCCCAUCGUUGUCGUCGUCCACCGUCCAGGAUGGCGUCCAACAACGCGAAAACAGUUCAGGGAAAGCUGUUUGGCACCAGCGCCUCGUCCUCAGGGGAGACGAGCGGGUUACCUACACAGUCGAGUGCUGACAGUGAGGCCCCCGCUAUCGAUGGGAUCCCUUUUCCGUCGUCGUCGAGGGAAGCACAGGCCCCGCCGUUGACGAUCAACAUCCCAAAGCCUGCCAACCCACCCACCCCACCGCCUAGGAACUCGAAGAACGCGGAGGCCUCACCGCGAACCUCAGAUCCAUACACCGCGUCGCUCCCCUUUAGACAAAGGCUCGCCCAGCAGUUGGGGCGGGAUUACCAAGGCGCAGAACGCUACAGAUUGAUUCAAGACGAUAAACGCGAGAAGCACUGGAAGCGAUGGGGACCGUAUCUCAGCGAUAGACAGUGGGCUACAGUUCGAGAGGAUUAUUCUGCCGAUGGCGAUGCCUGGAGUCACUUCCCCCAUGAACACGCUAGAUCUCGCGCGUAUAGAUGGGGCGAGGAUGGUAUUGCUGGUGUUUCGGACAAUCACCAACGCCUUUGCCUUGGUCUUUCCCUCUGGAAUGGAGUAGACCCCAUCCUCAAGGAACGCCUCUUUGGCGUUACUGGUCAUCAAGGCAACCACGGGGAGGACGUCAAGGAACUCUACUAUUACCUCGAUUCCACACCAACCCAUUCGUACAUGAAGUUCUUGUACAAGUACCCGCAAAGGCGGUACCCUUACGAAGAGCUCGUCACCAAGAACCAGCAACGGAGCCGCGAAGAAGAAGAGUUUGAGAUCCUAGACACCGAUGCCUUUGACGAGGACAGAUAUUGGGAUGUGUUCGUGGAGUAUGCCAAAGACGAAGAUAAUCCAGACAACAUUUACAUGCGGAUUACUUGCUACAAUAGAGGUCCUGAUCCUGCAACUCUCCACGUCAUUCCUCAGUUGUGGUUCCCCAACACUUGGUCAUGGCCUGCUGAGAAGCCGCCCAUGCCCUCGAUGACUGGAACCGUCAAGGGACACACUGCGUCAGAUCAGAUCUCGGUGGUCACUGUACGGCACCCUACCUUGGGCAAGACCAACCUCUACUGUCUCCCCUCCCCUCCCCCAGUUGGUCCUUCGAAUGAUUUCGAAGUCGACCCAGACGAGGAAGUUGUCCAGCCGGCCCUCCUUUUCACAGAGAACAACACAAACUUCAAUCGCCUUUAUGGUGGCAACAACGAGACGCCCUAUGUGAAAGACGCGUUCCACGACCACAUUAUCCCAUCCCAUCGACCGCAAGACAACAAGUCGGAAGAGGGAUUCUUCUCCCAUACAAGGCGCCCCAGGACAGCAUCGAUGUUUAGUCGCAUGGAGAAACGGGGCGAAUCUUCAGAUGAGUACGAGGAGGGGCCAUGCACACCUUUCCCCGUCGGAGCCUCCUUCGUCAACCCUGAAAACAAGGGAACUAAAUUCGGCGCACACUACGUCUUCCGAGACGUGCCCGGGCAUGGAGGCUGCGCUGUGGUUCGGUUGAAGUUGACACCCAACCGCUUGGGCAAAGACGUCAGCUUGGAGGAUGAAGUUGUUUUUGAUGACGUCGUUGAGGAGAGGAGGCAGGAGGCUGACGAAUUCUAUGCAGGAUUGCUGAGCGCAGGUGGAGUUUCUGCAGCGGGCAUGACUGGAUUUGGAUUGGACGGCGCACCUGGCGGGCUGAUGAUUAGCGAAGAUCUCAAGCAGAUUAUGCGGCAAGCGUUUGGUGGGAUGCUCUGGACCAAGCAAUACUAUCGGUUCAUACAGAAGGAAUGGCUUGAAGGAGAUCCGGCACAACCUCCGCCUCCUCCGAAUCGAAAGUGGAUCAGGAAUAGGGAAUGGAAACACAUGCACAUAGAGGAUAUCCUGUCGAUGCCAGACAAAUGGGAAUACCCUUUCUUUGCUGCAUGGGACACUGCUUUCCAUUGCAUCCCUCUCGCCGUUGUUGAUCCCGCCUUUGCGAAGAAGCAGCUGGAUUUGCUGACUCGUGAAUGGUAUAUGAAUCCCAAUGGCCAAAUUCCUGCCUACGAAUGGAACUUCUCGGACGUCAACCCGCCUGUGCACGCCUGGGCUACCUUCCGUGUAUUCAAGAUUGAACGGAAGCUCUACGGCCGUGAAGAUCUUCAAUUCUUGGAGCGCGUCUUCCAGAAGCUAUUGCUGAACUUUACAUGGUGGGUCAACCGGAAGGACCAGGGAGGAAACAACGUCUUCGAAGGAGGAUUCCUGGGUUUAGAUAACAUUGGUGCCUUCAAUCGAUCUGAACCCCUGCCCACCGGCGGGCAGCUUCGUCAAGCAGAUGGUACUGCAUGGAUGGCGUUUUAUGCUCUCAACAUGAUGAGUAUCGCUCUGGAGCUGGCCAAACAUAAUCCUGUUUACGAAGAUAUUGCAUCAAAGUUCUUCGAGCACUUCAUUUUCAUCGCUGAUGCCAUGACAUAUCGCGAGGGUGACCACGAAGAAUCCCUUUGGAAUGAAGAGGACGGCAUGUACUACGACGCCAUCAAGUUUGGUCCUGGAAAUUCGAUGCAGUUGCCUGUAAGGUCCCUGGUCGGUCUGAUCCCAUUGUAUGCAACCCUCGUCCUGGAACCCUCGACCAUCAACCGCUUCCCUGGGUUUAAGAAGCGAAUGGAGUGGUUCAUCGACAACAGGCCCGCAGUUGCUGCUAGGAACAUGGCCAACAUGAGAGCGGGCGGAAGGGAGCAACGAAGACUGCUGGCCCUUGCCAGUAAGGAACGCUUGACCAGAAUUCUGGAGAAGAUGCUGGAUGAAGACGAAUUCUUGGGUGACCAUGGAAUUCGAUCUUUGUCUAAGCACCACGAGAAACACCCUUGGGGCAUUGACGUUCAUGGUCAACGAUAUGAAGUCGGCUAUUGGCCCGGUGACUCCAAGUCUGGGAUGUUCGGUGGAAACUCCAACUGGAGGGGACCUAUCUGGCUCGCAACCAACUUCCUUCUCAUUGAGAGUCUCCAACGAUUCUACCAAUAUUACGGCGAUGAUUUACAGGUCGAAUGCCCAACCGGCAGUGGAUUCUACAUGAAUCUUGCUUCGGUCGCGGAAGAGAUCCAACACCGUAUUAUCCACAUCUUUGGUCGAGAUGCGAAUGGUCGUCGAGCCACCAAUGGCGGAAACCCGAAGUUGGAUUUCGAUCCCCAUUUCCGUGACUACGUUUGGUUCUACGAGUUCUUCAAUGGAGACACUGGCAGGGGUCUGGGAGCCUCCCACCAGACUGGUUGGUCUGGCUUGGUCGCGUAUCACAUCUUGCAAAGCGGUGUCACUUGCCGUCUGCCGAAGACACCUCGAACCCCACGAAGUGUACUCCACCACUACUUCGACGAAACACUCACAGAAGCUCGCUCGAGAUUGGGCUCUGAGUUCGGUGGUGCCACGCCAUCAGACCUUCGUUCGGCCUACAGUGGCUUCAGCGCCUUCCCAGAUGAGGCCGGCACCUUGUACGACAUUUCUCCUGAUGCUCUUUAGACGAUUCCAGAUGGACGUUAUAAAACCUUACGGACAACCUGUAUGUUUACGAUGUUGGCAAACGGCAAUUCGAUACUCUAG